CUCAUACACAAUUUUUGGAUUGGAAAAAAAAGCGAUCAAUUCAACGUCUUAUUUAAUCAGAUUAUGCUCUCACGCGACACCAUGCACGACCUCGAAGACAGUACUCUGCACAGAAUCGAGAAAGGGUGGAGUAUUGCGAUGAACUGUGCGGAAGAGCGGUUGAAACGAAUAUGCGGCUGGACAGACAAUGAGUUUUCCCUCGCUAUGCAACAAGGGCUUGUGAUGCUGGAGACGGUGUGCACAUUCGUACAUGGAGGUGUCAAAUCAGGGCAAUACAAAUUACCAGUCGAUUUCUGGAAGAUGCUCGUCGCCGAGUAUGGCAUCGUUGUGUAUCCGUCGGCCUUGACAGAGUGUUUAGCUCCCUCAGGGCUGGGUUCGAGCCAGACCUUUACAGAGAUAUAUAGCGAACACAUUGUCAUGCUAGGGAAGCGCGAUUCCAGUCGCCCGCCAUUGUGUCCAUUUGAAUAUCUAAAAGAGCCGUUACCCGUAUACGAAAAAUAAAAAGGCGAGACUCGCAAACAGCUGGGAAUGGUUUUAUGAUUAAAUAGCGGGGGAUAUAUCAGAG